GAUCUUCUCUUUAAGACAUCGAAACUUUUAUUCCAUGCCACUAGCGGAAAGUUUUAUUUCCGGGAGGUCACUCUAGUAGUUCCGUCCUCCGGCCACAACUGGACAAAUCGUCCUGAUAAAGUAAUCAGCAGCAGGUGGUAUUCUACAGCAGACAUCAGAAUCGGACCACCAGAUGUCCUUCAUGGCAGUGCACCAUAUACAGUAGGCUCAACAAGAUGUGGCCAACAGGGACUUUUUAUCUACUUACCAACAAACUUCCUUUUGACGUCUGAAUAUUUGGAUAAACCAAAUGUUCUGUUCCGCCAGUGGAUGACCUACAGUAAAGGAAUUUGUGAAAAUAAAAGACAUAGAUUGAUGAAACACAAUUACAACAGACAAUGCAGUGAAGGCAAAGAAAUUGGUUUUCGUGAGCCACAGCCCAACCUUACUAGAUUAAAAUAUUUUGAAACCCCCAAAUUUCGUAUUGUCCAAGCAGACAAAUCUCCACGAUGUGUACUUAUUCUAGACACUUCCGGAAGUAUGCACAGUAACCCGAUGAUUAAACUACGAGAAAGUGCUACAAGGUUUAUUCGGAAAUUGGAAGAUGGCACGUUUAUUGGAGUUGUGAGUUUUGGAUUUAACGCAAAGAUAGAACUGGAAUUAACGAAGAAGACCGUGGAAAAUGAAGGCGAUAUCAUUGAGAAAAUUCCUAAAGAAGCAGAGGACCAUCAACGAUAGGGGAUGGGCUACGAAAAGCCUUAAAGGUAAUUGGUUAGAGGACCAUCAACGAUAGGGGAUGGGCUACGAAAAGCCUUAAAGGUAAUUGGUUAGAGGACCAUCAACGAUAGGGGAUGGGCUACGAAAAGCCUUAAAGGUAAUUGGUUAGAGGACCAUCAACGAUAGGGGAUGGGCUACGAAAAGCCUUAAAGGUAAUUGGUUAGAGGACCAUCAACGAUAGGGGAUGGGCUACGAAAAGCCUU